AUGAAUCUCUUCUUAAAGAAGAAGUUACUUGCAAUAACUCCCGGUGGUUGUCACCACCAACAGUUGACUCCGAACACACGAAAGGAGAAGCACAAGCAAUUAGCCGAAAGCAGUGGUGGUGUGAGAGAAGACAAGAUCAGCCAUGAAAAAAAAAAAAACCCCCCCACCACCACAACACCAAUUUUGCCAAACUUCCUGACGGAUUUCCCCUCAGGUGGAAGCAAUUUUGUAACAAACGGGCACACAGCAAAAGCAGCCAAGACGAGGUUGGUGGUGGUCAACGAGCAGGUGUUGUGGUGGCUAUGGUGGAGAGACCACUGUAAUUAA